AUGGCCAUGCGCCGCACCGUCGCAUUUGCGACUCAAACACUCACGAUUGCAGUACCCAAGAACCGACGACCAAAGUUUGACCUACACCUAAGAAUAAUCGACCUGAACAACGUACCACUCGUAUCUGGCACAUCGUUUAUAAAAUGGCACCUCUCGCAUUCGACAGCCGCCGAGCAUCGCGGCCGCACAGCCAACUGCCAGGUCAAGGACCACAAAGUCGCUUACAACUACGACAUCACCCUCCCUGUCCGCCUUACUGUUGACAAGAAUGGCAUGCUACAGGAGUGUUGCAUCGAGUUCGAGGUCGUGCAAGAAUACGGCAGAGGCUCGGGAAGAGGCGAACGCAUCACACUGGGAACCAUUAAGCUCAAUCUCGCCGAGUACGUUGAGCAGAGCGAGAUGGCGGCCAUGGCGGGUGAGGAGCCAGGCGUCACACGGAGAUACCUUAUGCAAGACAGCAAGAUCAACAGCACGCUCAAGCUCGGGAUAUACAUGAAGCAGACGGAAGGCGACAAGAACUUCAUUGCGCCUGCCCUAAAGACGGCGCAAGUUUUUAGUGGUAUCGCUGGUAUCAUGGCAGGAGAGCAGGCCGAGCUUGAGGAUCACGGAGUUGCGCCCUCAUUGACGAGUAAGUCACGCGAAGCCGGCGAACUCCAAGACAUGUAUCGACGUACGCUCGCCGCAUAUUGGUCCGCACAACCCGGUGAGCUCAAGGCAGACGAAUGCAUCGAGGACAUUUUUGCAGGAGGAGAUGGAUGGGGCGAUCGCGAGAAACCAUACUCUCAGCAGCCGCGAGCCCAGCCCUUACGGUUCGCAGCGGGUGAUAGCAGCAGCUCUGUGAGCGAGAGCGAGCCCAGACACAUGCGCGGCAGCAGCAGCUCUCAUCGCAAGUCGCAUGAGACACUGCGCCCUGGAGACACAAACUCAAGUCACUCACCCAACGUGCGGGGCAGAGGAAGUCUGGAGCAGCAGGCAUCGCAGAUGAAGGCGGAGGCUGCGCGAAAACGACAUCGUCCACACCACGAGGUGGAUGAAUUUGAUUUGCGAGAAGACCUAGUCAGCUGGCAUCGUCCAGCCUAA